AUGGAUGAUAAGAAGAAAAAAGAAGUAGGGGGAGAAGAGGAGCCGAUAUUUAAAAAAAUGACUGGAAAAAAUAAUAAUAAAGAUCAACUGGAUCCAAUGGAUUGUCAAAAUAUUCUUUGCGAAAAAAGUAAUUCGAUUGAUUUUAAUUUUAUCGAUAAUAAUUGUUUUAUUGAUAACGCAUCUAUCGAAACGGCAUCCAUUGAUAACAAUUUUUGUCAGGAUAGUUUAUCCGUUGAUAAUUCAUCAUUAAACGUAUCAAUGGAUUUACACGAGGCUUCUGAAAGCAUAUUAGAUUUGCAAGAAAUAACACAAAGUAUUUUAGACUUAGAAGAAACCCAAACCUCGAGGAACAAUUCAGAAUACGGAACAAGUACCGAAUUACAGGGAAUAACCCAAGUACCAUCAUCACCUCCUCCUUCCUACGAACAUGUACUGGCGGAGGCAACAACAGCGUGUUCCGUUCAAGACGAUACGAAUUUAACUGAAUCCGAAGUACCUGAUUCAUCGACUCCAUCCACGCCACCGGAACCGAAAAAAGGAAUCGAAAUUAUACACAAGACUCAUAAAGAAUUUUACAGGGCCGUUGCUAAACAAUGGGGAAUCACGUGUAAAAUGAGCGAUCAUUGUCGAUGUUUAGACUGUCAGAGCAUGUAUUUCGAUUGCGAAUACGAUUAUAACGAACAAGAAAAAACCGAUGGAGGCUUAGGUGCGGGUACUCCAAUGUUUAUAUCCGAAGUAAUGCACGGGACUGCGUGUACGCUCCUGUGA